AUGAACCCCAAACGAGCCCUAUCCCCGCAAAACCACAAAGUCUUCGACUCAUGGAACUCCGCUUCAACAGGCCACCAACGAGCGCAAAGCGGGUACGCCGGAUCAAGCGGGUGGAGGGAUACACGAGCUUUGAAACUGGAGCGACAGUUUCACGGCGGAGACUGUCUUCGUGAAAAGGACCAUGCGCCCGCGGCGCGCAGUCAGGCUUUUGAUGGGACUUGUGUUUCGGAUUCAGAGGAAGAUAAAAGGAAGAUGACUUCUGUGAAUGGACAUGAGGAGUGGAGGUGGGUUUCUGAUGCGGAAGCUAUGAGAUCUCAACUGAAUGUGAGGGAUAUUCGGCAUUUCAUGGGAAUUGGGAAGCGCAAAGCGAAUGAUGAGAUCGGGAAUGGAGAUAAGAAGUUAAAAGUUGAGGAUUUUGAGAGACAAGCAAAGCCAAAGUCUGCGACUGAGAUUGUACCUUCGAAUUCGACUACAAUUUCAAAUUCAACACCUACUGAUGAACCCCGAUCAAUACCUUUACCGAAAUCUGUACCUGAUACCAAAAUCUUCGCGGGAAUGACCAUAUUUAUCAACGGCUCAACACUACCAUUAAUAUCCGACCACAAAUUGAAACAACUCCUCGUGAAACACGGCGCACAAAUAUCUAUUUAUAUGGCGCGGAAAACGGUCUCACAUGUUAUUAUCGGACAACCGAAUACGGAUAAAGUCACGGAAAAUGGACUUGGUGCGGGAGGUGGUCUCUCUGCUAGGAAAUUACAGCAAGAGAUUGCGCGUGGUGGGUGGAAGGGUGUGAAGAUUAUUAGUGUUGACUGGGCUCUCGAGAGUAUUAAAGCUGGAAAGAGACUUGCAGAGUCCCGAUUUACUGUUCUAAAUGUUGCCCAAAAGGGACAACAGAGUAUCUCCGGUUUAUUUGCUCGUCAACGUUAG